AUGGAUGUUUACAAAAUGGAAAACCCGAGCCCUCGAUACAUCAAGAUGCGCAGCGCAAUUGCCGCGCUGUGGGAGGACAAGUCGGACUACUACCUGCGAAGCCUGCUACAUAUCAAGUACCACUCGAUUACAAACAAAGCAACCUUAGCAGCAAUGGAAAGGGCAUGGGAUCUGGGAGACUGUGGAGACAUCUCGAGUUGCAGGAUUCUUUGGAAUGAGGACAUACCGUUUGACGUGCUGAGGGAUGGUCCCUUUGGGCAGGGAGCAUCAAGGAUGAUCGGAGAGUUCUCAGGGAUGGCCAGCCACUACAUCUCGUCAUUCGACAUGAGCCGAACCGGGUUGGACUUCAACGCCGGUCCCGAUCAUCCUUGGCUGGUUAUCAACUUCCGGAGGUACGGUGAUGACUGA